AUGGAGGACGCAGACGAUGACAUCGCUGUUAUCGGGAUUGGGUGCAAUUUCCCUGGCGGUGAAGGGCUGGACAAUUUCUGGGGGAUUCUGUUGGAGGGGAAAAACUGUGCUGUAGAUAUUCCAGCAGAGAGAUUUGACACCACUCUUUGGUAUGACGCUGAUGAUGGCAAACCUGGGAAGACGCAAACAACCAAAGCAGCUCUCAUUGAAGGGUUUAACGAGUUUGAUCACAAGUUUUUUGGCAUUACGGAAGCUGAAGCUGAUUUCAUGGACCCUCAGCAGAAACUCCUCUUGCAGUGCACGUACAGGGCAUUAGAAGAUGCAGGAAUCUCAAUGGAAAGCAUCAGUGGAAGCAGAGCUGGAGUUUACAUCGGUCUGAUGAACAGGGAUUACGAGAUACUCCAGAGUAACAGUCCCACUAAAAUCACCCACUACAAUGGCACCGGGACGGCCAUGAGUGUGGCUGCAAAUAGAAUAUCCUUCACCUUUAAUCUCACUGGACCUUCUCUUGCCAUUGACAGUGCCUGUUCUUCAUCUUUGGUGGCUCUACAUUUAGCCUGCCAGGCUAUAAAGCAAGGAGACUGUGAGAUGGCUCUGUGUGGAGGUGUCAGCUGUAUAAUAGAGCCAAGAGUGUUUGUUGCUCUCAGCAAGGCCAAGAUGAUCUCACCUGAAGGAACCAGCAAACCUUUCUCCAACAGAGCUGAUGGGUAUGGUAGAGGGGAGGGCUGCGGAGUCGUUCUCCUCAAGCCACUUAAAAAUGCAAUAAAAGACGGAAACAAAGUAUGGGGUAUUGUCAGCAAAACAGCGGUCAAUCAGGAUGGACACUCAGUCACUCCAAUCACCAAACCGUCUAUGAUUCAACAACAGGAGCUGCUGCAGAGAAUCUACUCUGAGUCUGACCUUGCAGAUGUCCAGUACAUCGAGGCACAUGGGACAGGAACGCCAGUCGGAGAUCCAACAGAGGCGGAAAGCAUCUCAAACGUCAUUGCUAAAGCUAAACCUCCUGGUUCAGAGACACUGAGGAUUGGCUCUGUGAAGAGCAACAUUGGACAUACAGAAUCUGCAGCCGGAGUGGCCGGACUCAUUAAGGUACUUUUAAUGAUAAAGAAUGCAACCACUGUGCCCUCAGUUUUCUACUCGGAAGACAGUGCCAAUGUCGAUGUUAAAGCUCUGAGUUUAAGUAUUCCAAUUAAAGCUGAAAGAUGGGAGACAAAUGGGUCGUUGGGAAGGGUAGCUGGGGUCAACAGCUUUGGGUUUGGAGGCACAAAUGCACAUGUGAUUGUAAGAGAGUACAGACAGACCAUUGUACCCAAUCAGAACCUAAAAACCUGUCCAAAACUCUUUGUAUUGUCUGCAGCCUCUGAGAAAUCAUUGAUCCUGAACAUUACUGACACCCAUCAGAGGCUUUGCAGCAAGCAAGCAGUUGACUUACAGGCACUAUCAUACACUUCGGCAUGUAGAAGGAGUCAUUCUAGACACAAAUAUAGGAAGACCUUCCCAACAUCUUCCCUCUCAGAUUUAAAACAUCAGCUAGCAUCUGCAUUGCACACAAAGGUUGAGUCAACAAGCUCUGACAUCCAGCUGGUUUUUGUGUUUUGUGGCAAUGGGGUUGCCUACAGGGGUAUGUGCAAACAGCUCCUGAGAGAGUUUCCUGUUUUCAGAGAUAAGGUUCAAGAAAUUGAGAAUCUCUUCCAGAGUCAUACAAGUAUCAGCAUCAGUCAGUGGCUUGCCGGUGAGUACGAUCAUGAUGAUUUCGGCAGGCCACAUGUUGUCCAGCCUCUUCUUUUUGCGGUUCAGGUUGGCAUUGCCACUCUCCUAAAGCACUGGGGUGUCAAACCUGGUGCCCUGCUUGGACACUCUGUUGGUGAGGUUGCUGCCGCUCACUGUUCUGGUCUUUUGUCUCUUGAGGAUGCAGUGAAAGUUUUGUACCACCGCAGUACUCUUCAGAGUAAGGUCACGGGGGGGAAAAUGCUUGUUGUUGGUAAUGUGGCAGUAGAAAAGGUAUUAAAAGUCCUUCCAGAGUUUUCUGGAAAAAUUUGUGUAGCAGCAUUCAACAGCUCGCAGUCUUGCACUCUGUCCGGGGAUGCAGAUGCGAUAGACAUCCUCCAUCAGAGGCUGAAGAUCGAGGUUACAGAGAAAAAUGUCUUCCUCCAUGAGUUAGAUGUGCCGGCCGCAUACCAUAGUCAUUUGAUGGACCCCAUACUAGAUGGCAUUGAGAAAAGUAUUGGUCCUUUGAAUGCAAACAACCAAGAGUGCAAACUUUUUUCAACAGUGACUGGAGACAGUUAUUUGGAUGGUGACUUUACAACAGGCAGGUACUGGGCAAGGAACAUCCGAGAGCCUGUUUUAUUUGAACAAACUCUGCGUGCUGUCACCAAAGACAAGCAAUCAAAAACAAAUAUGGUCUUUGUAGAGAUUGGACCUCGUAGGGCUCUCCAGAGGAACAUACUUGAGAUCUUAGGGAAUAACGCCACAGUUCUUUCCUCUGUUCAGCCAGGGAAAGACUUUGACACAAUUUUGUCAACUGUGGCAAAACUAUUUGAACUAGGCAUCAGUGUGGAUUGGCAUCAGCUCUACAGGGGUUAUGAGACAUUGCCAACAGCUCUCCCAGUCUAUCAGUUUGUCAGCACAAAGAAAGAAUUGAGUUUUGAAGCUGCGGGAAAAGGUGUUGAAUCCUCUGCAUUUCCCCCCCAUAUGCUCAUAUGUAAAAUAAAGCAGGAUAAGAAAGAGUACAUGUGCGAUGUCUCAUUAGAGACUGCACCAUAUCUUUGGGAUCAUAAAAACAACGGUGUUCCCAUUGUGCCAGGCGCAUUCUAUGUCGAACUAGCUUACGCCUCAGUGAUGGAAGGUUUAAGGCCAAAGAAACCUGUUUCUCUGCUCCAGCUCAGUGUAAGAUUUGAGAGUCUGCUUACACUACGUGCAAAGUGUCAUCAGUUAAAAGUGACACUGGAGCAUGCAAAGAAUGAGACUUCAUUUAAAAUACAGUCUUCUGUUGCAACACAUGCCUCGGGCACAUACAAGUGUGCAGAUGGCCAGUUAGAAGAGCCAGCGAUUUGUAUUAACACAAUCUCCCAAAGGUGCAAAUUGGUUAUGAAGAGAAUACAGAUUUAUUCAAUUCUUUCUCAAGCAGGAUUUGAAUAUGGUGCUGUGUUCAAACAGCUUGAUGACGUGCACUUUGGAGAUGAAUUUAAGGAAGCCGUGACAACAAUUCUCGUCCCCGGGGAACUUCAAAAACACCUUCAUGAGUAUUGCAUUCACCCUGUGAUAUUGGACUAUUUCUUGCAAAUGACUGCUGUGGUAGCUAUCGGACAGCUAACAGCCAAGCCAGGGUUCCCCUCAGCUAUCAGUAGUGUAACCAUAUCAGGACCGCUGCAAAAGGAAAUGGUGAUGUACUUAAGAGCCAUUCAAGAGACUCCAGAGUUCCUUGAAGUGUGUGGUUGCUUUUCCACCACAGAGGGUCAUGUACUGGUGGAGCUUAAGGGGGUGAGGAUCUCAUUUUUGGGCAAUAGCUCAAGUGUUCUUCAGUCAUGGUUCUUCCACAAUGAAAUUUGUGCAAUUCCUGACAAGAGAGACUUGCAGAACUCCAAAAUAAAAGCAAUUGUUUUUGAAGACAAACUUGGCAUUGCCAAAGGACUUAAGCCAUACAUACACCCAGGGUCAACUUUUGUGGAGAGCAGAGAUCGAUGGCUGGCAGACGAGGUUCGAAAUUUCGUGUUUGGCUCACUUAACACCAAGGUGGAUUUGGAAAACAUUCUCUACAUUUGGGGUGUUGAGGACCUCAGCCACUUAUCGUCUGAGAAGAUGCUGGACUGCUUGGUGACUUGCUGUGAGCUAUUUCGCCAGAUAGUUUUAGCCUUGAAAGAGAGUAAACGCUCUUGCACUGUCCGCAUCAUAACCUAUAGAUCGACAGAGAUGAUUGUGGACCAUGUGAGUCCUGGUUUUGUGCUGUCGGGUAUGACGAGGGCUUGUGCAGCAGAGAUGGCUGGUCUCUCUUUUCAGCUGAUUGACCUUGCUUCUGUGACCAGUGAAGACAUUCAAACGCUGGCUCGUGUGUUGAACACAUGCAAACAACAAGAAGUCAUGAUCAGCAAAGGUCAAGCAUCAACAACAAGAAUAGCACGGACCCCCAUGAGGGACGGAGCUUUAUGUGAAGGUGAUAUGCACUCAGGAUAUGUGAGCGACUUUCUUCUUCAGACAACUGAUCCAUACAGACUGGCUCACCUAUCUGCCAUCCCCUACUACACAAAUGCAAAUCCCGUCCAAGAGAAGUCAGUUGAGAUUCAGCUAUCCAAUUUAUGCGUUCAUUCAUCUGACUACUUUCCCGUCACCACUUCACAUUUAAACUUUGGCAGGACAAUGUAUUGGAACAAGCAUACGUCGCAGAAUCACAAGCUUCUCGCUUUAGAUUUUAGUGGCACUGUCACAGCUGUUGGGAAAAAUGUUCAUAAUCUAAGAGUGGGAGAUCAUGUUGCUUCAUGUUAUCCAAUUCCCGCCACUGCAAAGAUUAUAAUUCCUGAAGCUGUUUGUUACAGCAGCAACAGACUCCCAUUCCUGAAAGAGACACCAUGUGUGUCUUACUUCGUACUGGCAUGGGAGAUCCUGCAGAGAAUGCUGUCUAAUGUAAAACAUCAGCACAGAAAGCUGGUCAUCAUCUGCGCCAACUCAACUUCUUCUCUGAUGAAAGUUUUGGCUCUGACAGCAAACAGGUCGGGCUGGAAUGUUUCCUCUCUGCCACAUUUCAGAGAAGAAUCCCUGCAUUAUGAUCAGAGUAACGCAGUUGUUUUCCUGCCUCCGUUUGAUCACUCUUGGCAGGGGAUGCAUAACAACAGUGAUCAUGAUAGACAUGUUAUUUUUGUAUGUAGCAGUCACAUGUCAUCACUCCCAGCCAACAUGUUUGCAUUGAGGACUGAACACAUGCAUGUACAUCAGCUGGAUUUGGCUCAUGUUCUCCAGAAAGCCAAUCUGCAAGUACAAAACAAUAAUAUCUCUAAUUGGCUCAUGUCAUUAGGCUUUGAGAGCGAGUCUCUGCCUUUGAAAAGGAAGACUUUUCAAUUAUCAAGCACAAAAGAGCCACAGACUGAUGCAGAUGCUGAAUCUUACUUCACAACAAGGACAGUGCAUCAAGUUGUCCUAAAUCACAGAGAAUCUGAUUGUCUAGUAUCUGAUAUCCCUAUUGUAACAAGGCAUGGACAACUCUUUAAACAAAGCUGUGUUUAUAUUGUAACCGGAGGGCUCUCUGGUUUGGGACUUGAGACGGUAAAGUUCAUAGCCCAUAAUGGUGGAGGUUGUAUCGCUACACUGUCCAGAAGUACUCUGACUGAUAAAAUGCAGUUUGAAAUGCAGCUCCUGCAGAAAAGAUAUGCAGUGACAGUCCUGAAUCUGCAAUGUGACGUUUCUGUUUCGAUGCAGGUCGUGUACGCGAUCUCAAAGAUCGAACAAAGAUUCCCCUCUCGUCCAAUCAAAGGAGUUUUUCACAGUGCUGCAGUGUUACAUGAUGCGUUAAUUGAAAACCUUGAUGAGUCCCUCUUCCGAAAGGUGCUGCAGCCUAAAGUUAGUGGAGCUCUAAACCUUCACUAUGCAACACUUCACAAAAAACUGGACUUCUUUGUGUGCUACUCUUCUAUCUCUUCAUUCAUUGGCAAUGCCUCGCAGUGUAACUACUCCGCAGCCAAUUCUUUCCUUGACACAUUCUGUCAUUAUCGGAGAAAUCUCGGACUUGCUGGACAGUCCAUCAACUGGGGUCCUUUGAACCUCGGCCUCUUGCUGAACAAAAACCAUUUCCAAAAGUUCCUGGAGGCAAAGGGGAUGAUGACAAUGGAUGUGUGUGAUGUUCAAGAGGCACUUGGACAGUGUCUCGUGAUGAACAGACCACAACAAGUCAUAUGUAAGUUCAACUUCAGAAAUCUUCACAUUCACGUACUUUCACAAAAUGCAUCUCUCAGAGAGCGCCUGUCAGCUUUAGUGGAAAUGGAGCUAAAAGACAAAUUAUGUAACGAACCCAUGGUUCAACAUUUUCCUUGCACACAUGACAGUGUGAGGAUGAUUGUCAGUGACAUCAGCAAUGUUAGCAUAGAUGAGCUGGAUGAUGACUCAGCUCUGUGUGCACUGGGCAUCGACUCAAUGUUGGCCAUGACUCUGCAGAACAAGAUCUUCCAAGAGACUGGCGUGAAUGUACCUUUGGUUAGAAUACUGGACCCCAACAGCACACCAGCCACUUUGGCUGCUAUUGUAAAAAACAAUGGAUAAUUACAGUUUACUGCAUCGAACAAUGAUUUGUUUUAUGAGUAAGAAAAUGUUUUGUGAGUGCCAAAAAACCUUGGAAUUCAUUUUACUUCUGUGGUUUUGCUUGAUUGGCAGAGAUUUUUUGCAGGAGGUGUGUUUGUACAACCCUAUGAGUAUAUGGUAUAGUGUGUAUAAUAGUACUACAGUACUUUCGGAUUUCUGUGAAUGUGUAAUGUGUAUAUAUUGCUGACUGUGAAGAAGAUCUGUACAAUAACUGAUCAUCAAAGUGCUAGUGUUUUAUUUCAAUAUAUGCUUGAUCAUGUCUUAAAUAUUGUUUUUGUUUUUACUAUCAAAAGAAUCAGACAAUUAAUACCCUAAUAGAAUGUAUUGUUUAGCCAAAGCCUGAUAUAACUUAUGUGAUGCCAUGGCACUCCAUCGUCAUUGUGUCUACACUG